UCAUUUUCUUCUUCGUCAGCCUCCCUUCAAUCGCCAUAUUGGGCAACCAAGAAAAGGGCUCGUCUGCUCUUGUUUUUUUCCGUCUCGCGUUUACUACGCGGCGGCGGUGCGAGCGGCGGGGGCAGCGGCGGCAGCAGCGGCAUCGCCAUCGGCAGCGGCUCCGUUCCUCACCCGCCCGGGGCUCCCCGGCGGCCGCGGCGGCUCUCGGGGCUCAUCCCCGGGCCGGCGCUUAUGCGAGGGCUCCUCCUCGCCCCUUCUCCGCGGGCCGAGGGCGAGCGGGGCCGAGGCGCGGCCGCAGCGCGGAGCGGAGGCGCGGAGCGGAGGCGCGGAGCGGAGGCGCGGAGCGGAGCGUCGGGAAAUAAAGGGCGGCGGAGAGGCGGCGGCGGCCGCGGAGAGAGAGAGCAGCGAUCACAAGAGAAGCGCCGCCCGGAGCUACAAGGUGCGGGGAGAUGUCAAACGUCCGCAUUUCUAAUGGGAGCCCUACCCUGGAGCGCAUGGAGGCCAGGCAGUCGGAGUACCCGAAGCCGUCGGCGUGCAGGAACCUCUUCGGGCCGGUGAACCACGAAGAGCUCAACAGGGAGUUCCAGAAACACCUGCAGGAGAUGGAGGAGGCGUACCAGAGAAAGUGGAAUUUCGAUUUCUACAAUCACAGRCCGCUGGAAGGCAGGUACGAAUGGCAAGCCGUGGAGAAGGGGAGCUUGCCCGACUUCUACUUCAGACCCCCCCGGCUACGGAAAGCCGUCUGCAAGUCCGCCGGCCGCCAGAGCUUGGAUGUAAACGGGAAUUGCCAGACCGUGGUUUUUGUCGGUUCUCAGGGAAUCUCAGAGGACACUCAGUGUGUAGCUCAAAAGACUGAUGUUUCAGGAAAUCAGACGGACUUAGCAGAGCAGUGCACUGGGCAGAGGAAAAGACCCGCGGCCGAUGAUUCCUCUCCUCAAAAUAAAAGAGCCAACACAACAGAAGAAGAGGUUUCAGAAGACUCCCCCAGUGCCAGUUCAGUGGAGCAAACACCCAAGAAAUCAAGCCCGAGAAGACAUCAAACGUAAAGCGUUUAGAGAGGAGGAUGUGCGCGUCCUCGUUCGUCUGAAGCAAGGAAGAUGUAAAGUUGUUGUAGCGGGGAAGAAAAAUACAUAUCGCCGAUCUCCGGGGGAUGGAGGUCCUGUACAAGCACUGAAAAAGAAAAAAAAAAUAAAAAAAAAGAAGAAAGAGAAAGAACAGCAACAAAACAACAGCAACAAAAAGCAAACAAUAACACUAAAUUUUAGGCACUCUUAAAAGACCUGCCUCUAAAAGCAUUGGAUGUAGCAUUGUGCAAUUAGGUGUUUCCUUAUUUGCUUCAUUGUACUACCUGUGUAUAUAGUUUUUACCUUAUGUAGCACAUAAAACUKGUUGGGAGGGGGGGAGGGACUGGAAGAGGGUGACCGAUUGGAACUUGCUUUCACAAUCUAGCAAGCAAAGAAAUCUAUGAAGAGAAGCAGUGUAGGUUUUUUAUUACUUAAAGAUGUAUUGUCCCUUUAAGUGGGUCCGCAGUGUUUUUCUCUUCUUUUGACAAAAUUUUUCAUUUUUUUUUUCAAUGUGUCAUCGUGGUAACCCUGUUCAGAGCAGAUUAUUGUGGAAUUUCUUCCCACAGCAUUAAGCUGGAGAGGUGGGAUCUGUGAUGAUUCUGCUUUGUAGUAGCAAAAGUUGCCCCCCCCCACCCUCAAAUCCAUAUACCAAAAUGGAAUGCCUGUAAAAAGUUGUGUAAAAUCAUCCCAUCUGAUUACCUUGCCUAAUUUUUUUUUUUCUUUUUUUUUUUAAUUUUAUUUUUUAACCUAAUCUGGAAGGCUUUUGCUCUGAAUCUGGAGUAUUGUUGUUUUCUGAUCUGACCCACUUCCCGAAGUGUUUGUGUGUGAGGGGAAAAGGGAUACUACAUCUUUAAACAGUAUUUCUACGUUGCCUGUGUACCUGUAUGUAAAAAUAAAAAAAAAAA